CGACCACUUUGCAACCAUGGCCGAAGCCCAGAGAUUAAUGUCCGACGGCGGGCUCGACAUUGACGACGAAGCCAUCACCAUUAGAUUCUCCUCGAGGAAGCGUAGAUUCAUCAGCAACUUUACAAACACCUUGUCUCUACCAUCAAGAUCCACAGUCUGGGAUACUACAAAACAAGCCGGCUUCUUUCUUCUACCCACUUUCGUCCAAUCCAGACUUUUGCCCCCGUCGUCAACCUCGUCAAAACCACUUUCUGCCACCGCAUGGCUGGAUGGCAUGAGAGGCAUUGCCGCGUUCCUGGUGUUUGUCUUUCACAUUACCUAUGCCACCCACGAUGUCGCCACCGCAUGGACACCAAAUGGCAAGCGCGACUUUUUGCGUUUACCCCUGCUACGCUUCUUCUACCACGGCCCUGCGAUGGUCAGUAUCUUUUUCGUGCUCAGUGGGUAUGCAUUGAGCUACAAACCUUGCAAACAAAUGCGCAGUGGCGAAACGGAUGCACUUCUCAAAGGUCUUUCGUCGUCGGUAUUUCGCAGAGGUUUGAGAUUGUAUUUGCCUUGUGUGGCAUCCACGCUGGUCAUUUUUGUUUGCGUCAGGGUAGGCUUGUAUGAGGCUACGAGCGGACUUGCUCAUGAUGGCAAGAGAUUGACUGGAUACCGGGAUCGGCAUGAGCCGCGCUUGGAUGGGUUUUGGGAGCAAGUGUGGGUUUGGGGUAGUAGUGUUUUGGGGUUUGUGAAUCCGUUCACGGGCAAAUAUGUUUGGGGGGACGGACAUUUGUGGACGAUUCCUUUGGAAUUUUGGUCGUUCCAGGGGGUCGGAUUUGGUAAUCAUUGUGCUGACUUGCUACUCACAGNNAGGGCUUCCAUUGUUUUGUAUGCCGCACAACUCGGACUCUGUCAGUUGCGCAUGCGGUAUCGCAUGUUUUGCUUGAUGGGCUUGAUGGCCUGGGCUCACCACUCGGACUACUGGGUCGUCCUACUCUUCUUCCUCGGUUUCAUGCUCGCCGACCUCGACAUCAGACGCAGCGCCCUCGCCUCGGCAACCACCUUUUCCACCACCGUCUCGUCUGCAAAACUCAGUACGCUGUGGACUGCCAUCUACAUUGCUACCUUUAUCGGUGGCUUGUACAUUGGCGGUCAACCCGAGAUUGCGGGCGAACACGCACCAGGCUGGACACUGCUAUACUCACUCAUCCCCUCGUACAUCCACGACCGCAAUCGCUAUUGGUGCGGUUGGGGAGCCCUACUGCUCGUCUGGUCGACCUCCAAUUCUCGCCUUUUGCAACGCAUCUUCACAGCCCCAAUCUCCCAAUACAUGGGCAAGAUUUCGUUUUCUCUGUAUUUGGCGCAUGGCUUUGUCAUUCACACGGUUUACUAUAUGCUGUUGCCUGUUGUGUGGGAUGUUUUUGGCAGGGAGACGAAAUUGCAGAGGGAAAUUUCUUUUGGUGUUGCGUUGGCUGUGGUCACGUUGGUGUUGGUGUGGAUUAGUGAUGUUUUCAUGCGGUGUGUGGAUGUGCCGAGUGUGAGGUUUGCGAGGUGGUUGGAGGGCAAGGUAAAGGCUUCGACGCAGGUGCGUGCAGUUAAGCAGGAGCCUGGGUGGAGUAUAGCC